GGAAAAGAGAAAGAAACUGAUAAGGGAAAGGAACCGACAGAGGAGUUUGAAGAACAAAAAAUGAAAAUCAAAAAGGAAGAGCAAAAAGAGGAAAAAGAAAACACCAGAAGUGCAGGACCAGAUAUCAGAACGGAGGAAAUGGGACCAUAUAAAGAGAAAAGCAAGGAAGAUUAA